CAUGAGGGGCGUGGCGGAUUUACGGGAAUGUGUUGGUGACAUCAUCGGUGUGCCGGCCGCUCAUUGGCGGAGAGCAGCGAGGGCACGAGCGAGAGGAGAGCAAAAAGACGAACAACCGUCUGACUUUCACGGACCUACGGAAAACAACAAGUCGGCUUUUCGACUCUUCUGCUUCAGCAACUCGCCGAGCUCAAGUUGCACAACUUUUUUUUUGUCUUGGGAUAGCAACAUGUCACCUUUUGGAAGUUCGGCGAAGUUUUUGGUUUUCGUCCUGGUGGCACUUUUGGCCACUUUUUGCUCACAGGUCGCCUCCGAGUCGCAGGUGCGUGAGACCGAGACAUGGAUGCCGCCGAAGGACGUCCACGCCAUUUCCUCUGCGAGCGAGCACAGCGAGUCAUCGGGAGACUUCGGCUUCGCAGAUGACCAAGACGAAGAAGAGGAGGACGACGACGAUGACUACGAUGAUGAUGACUAUUUCUACUAUGACGAUGACGAAGACAAUGAAUAUGAGGUGUCGGGGUCUGGCCACGGUGCAGGAAGCGAGCCCUCUUCUCCGGGACGUGAAGUGACAUCGCCCCCUCAGGGUCCCGACAUGGACAACAAGAUCCCAGAGUGGGCCGGCCCGUCUCCAUCUGCCACGGACGACCAAGACGAGUCGUACGCGGUGCAAAACGGCAACGAGAUUCGACGACCGCCGUCCCGUGCAGGUGCAGAGCCCCCGUCCAACGUGCUAAUGUCUCAUGCUGCCGCCGGACGCGACGACAGCCCGGCCAGGACUGAGGUCCUCGCGGCUCUCAUCUGCGGAGGCGGCGUGGGCCUGACGUUGGCCGUUCUGCUGGUUCUUUUGCUGCUGCACCGCAUGAAGAAGAAAGACGAAGGGAGCUACGAGCUAGGCAAAAAACCCAUUUACACUAAGGCCCCCAGCGCCGAGAUCUAUGCCUAAACCUAACCCCUUUCUCCCUCCCUCGCUCCCCUUAUUUAUUCACUACACACAAACUAAGCUAAUGUUAGCGGCGUGACGCCGACUUGAAUAUAGUUUUUAUUUUUGUAUUGCUGACGUUGCCUCGGAGAUGAUGACACGUUGUCUCCCGUUCAAAUGUAAAGCAUUUUUUUCCUUCCGAUUCCCAUUGUGGAAUUGUCAUGACGAAAACGGACUUUAAUCUCUACACGCGACACAAAUACACUACGCACACUUUGCCAGCGUUAAGGGAGAGCAAUUUGACAUUACCUGGCGCACUUUUGCUCAUGCUACUAGUUAGCAUGCUAAUGCUAAGGGCGGGUUCAGCUGGCUAGCUGCUUGGCCGUAACAAAUGGCACCACCAAACGGGAAGUGUGGGGGCUUGUAAGUGUCCAUGUGAAGACUGAAGAUGGGUGACCUUUUUCAGCCCCAUCCAUUUCCUCUCACUACCCUCGCUAGUUUGUGAUGGGGCAGGCGACACGGUACUUUUUUUCUUCCACUUUGUUUUUGUAGACUUGUGGGAACUAUCGGCACGUGCGGACGCGUCAACCAAAUAUUUCCAAUUGCUUGUCGUCGGGUGGAAAAAGUCACAGCUGUCGUUUUAUUUUGUUUUGUUUUUCAUACUCUUUCAACUUGGACCUCCAUUUUUGUUGACUCGAUGCUCAAGGUCAGAGGUUGUGUGUCUAUUGUGGAAACAAAUUGUGCACAAAAUGCAAUCUUCACUACUUCAAAUAAACAUGCUGUUUUUAACAUGA